GCUCAGGGUGGUCUAUUAUUUAUUUACUGCAUUUAUAUUCCAUUCUUUUCCUCCAAGGAGCUCAAGGUGGCAGAAACGCUCUGUUCCUUGCAUCCCCCUGUCUGAAUCCUUGCAGCAGAAGUUGGACACCCCACUGCCUCACACAAGCAGGUGCUGCUCCCUCUUCCCUUGUUAAAUGAUCAACCUGACAACCAGGAAGGUGACGGUUUGCAUCCCCAUCAAGGUGCUGUGCUUCUCCACUGCCACUCAAAUGAGAGGUCUUGCAGAGAGGGAAAGCAAAAAUUGCUUGGGGGCUGGAUCAGGUGUAUACAAUACAGGGCUAGAUAGACCCAAGAGGCUGAUUCAAUAUAGAGCAGUGUUUCCUUCCCUUAAAAAUAAUUUUUAAAAGGAGUUCUCAGAACAGUCACAGUUGAGGUCGACCCCUGCCAACAAUUAUUUUGAUGAUGGCAGGCCAGUUCCUGCAGGUAACCCUGGGAUUUGAUGCACAUGGACAAAGUUUCACAGGAUCUGUUGCUACAUGUUGCUUGCCAUGUUCUAAAGAUUUGUUUGGCUGGAAUAAUCAGCUGGUGAGACAAAAGCUGGCUGUGUUGUGUCCUCUCAGAGCACUUUGGAGCGAUGAGAUAGCAUCCUGAUUCACCUCUGCAAACAAGAAUUUGAAGUGGGUCAAAUUGCUGAACAGUCCGGAGAUUUAAAGAGCAAUUUUCAGGAUGUUUAGCAAUUUCUAUCACCUGGGGGACGGAAUAUUUAAAGACAACGCUGACAUGAAUGAACGCAGUUGUUUUGCUGGAGGGAGAUAACUUAAACGUAGGCUGAAAAAACACAGAACACAUUUAAAGCACAUUCGCUGCCCCUGCCCCCCCCCAAAAAAAAAUCCUGGGAACUGUAGUUUGUUAAGGAUGCUGGGAAUUGUAGCUGUUCCUGGGAUUGGUUUUUUUUGUUUGUUUGUGUGUAAGGGGGGAAUGAGCAUUAAAUGAAUAGUAUGCAUACAGCCAACGUAUCCCAGUAGACAGAACCAGCCUUUGCCCUGCAAUACUUGUGUUAAGAUUCACCGUGACUUGUCUGAUGGCCCCACAGUCCCCCAGUCUGUUGAGGUGCAGUGACAAGCUUCUCGCAGGGGUGGAGGCUGUUUGGAACAAGCACAGCAGCACUUGUCAAACACACUUGGCAGGCUUAAACCUGAUAUAGGAUACAAUCACUCAGAGGUAGUAGCUGAAAGAAAGCUGCUUGACCGGAAUGUGCUUGCUCCUUCUCUGUCUCAGCUGCUAGAGUGCUAAUAAUCUUUCCUCCCUCUUCCCCAGAUUCUCUCUCCCUGCCCAGAUGAGUAAAUUGAUAAGAGCUACAUUUACAGACAGGGAGGGGCCCUUAGAACAAAAGGCCUUUUUAUCAGCAGCCAUUCUGUCCCAGCAGUGCAACCUCAGCUGCUGUCUCUAAGCCUUCUCACUGGGCAAAGUUAAAAGCAAGGCCUCUUCUUGGCUGUGCACCCUGCCCCCCCACCACUUAGGAACAACAUUUAGAUCUGCAUUGCAACAUGGAGACAUUUCCCCACCCCCACCCCACUACCUUGGGAAAGGUGAGUCUAAGAGGCAGGAAGCCAGGGAGGGAAAGCUGACCAGUCCCUGGAAUCAUGUGACUCUCAGGCAAGGUGUUUCUAGGACGUUAGGCAGCUGGGGAGUGAUUUCAAACUCUGUGUCUGUUUUUAUGCAAUAACAGAUGGGGAGGCCACUCCUCACUUCCCUAAAAGGCAACUGCAAAGCUCUACCACCAGCAGUUAGUUCUGCUAUGGAGUAAUAUGUAAAACACUAUUUAAUUUUUUUGGGGAGGGCGGGGGAAGCAUGGGGAUUUUUAAAGACUAGAAAUAGGGAGGGGUUGUAGCUCAGUGGUUGAGCAUCUGCUUUGCACAGAGCAGGACCCAGGUUCAAUCCAUGAUGUCUCCAGAUAAGACUGUGGAUGUGCCUUGUCUGAAACACAGACAAGAGAGCCACUAUGUGUUAGCAGUGCUGAGCUAGAUGGCCUGACUUGGUAUAAUAAGACAACCUCCUAUUUUCCUAGAAACAAAAGGAAGUAGCUGUAAGCAGGUUGGAGUUUACAUUUGGGUGCAGAUCCUGGGUUUGGAAGGGGCUCUUUGCAGAAGAAUAUUGGGUCAAAUUGCGGCACCUGUCUGUUCUAGUUUCUUAUUACAAGGGUACACCAGGCUAAAUGGUGCACUCGUUUGUCUAGGUAAAGGGCCUGUGUUUUCCAGGUCCUUUUUUCAAGUAGCCAUAGCUAAGGGCCUAUGUAUGACCUCCUGCCAUCUUUCCUGGGUCCUGCACAAUCUUCCUUAAUGUAGUGGGAGGGGCCAUCCAAUGAAGAUGACAUGGGCGUAGCCAGGAUUUUUGUUAGGGGAGGGGCAAGCCUUUUGUUAGGGAGUGCAGGUCUCUUGUUGGGGAGAGGCAGAACCUCAGUUAGCUAUGUUUUUAUUGAUUUUUAUUGAUUUGGGGGGGGAGCAGUUGCCCCUCCCUGCUCCCCCUUGGCUAUGCUCAUGGAAGCUGAAUGCAGGAAAAUUCAGGACAGACAAAAGGAAGCACUUCUUCACAAAGUGAAAUUAAACUGCCAAACUGGCUCCUACAGUUUGUAAUGAUAAUAUAGCUGUAAAAGGCUUGGGUAAAUUCAUGGAGGACAAGGCUGUGUUCUGCCUCCACUGUAGGAGACAGUGAUGCUUCUGAAAGCCAAUGGCUAAAAACCACAGGAGGGAGGGAGAUCCCUUGUGCUCACAUCCUGCUUGCAGGCUUCCUGUGGGCAUCUGGUUGGCCAUCUGAAGAACAGGGGGGUGGGCUAGAUGGGACUUUGGUCUGAUCCAGCUUCAGGGCAGAAGCACAGCCAAGAGGCAGCUUUGGUCCCUAUAUGAGUCAGAAGCUGGUGGUGCCUAAGGAAACUUGGUUGAAGGGUGGUUUAAAAAGUGUAUUAUUAUUACUCUCACAGGAUCAAUGACAACAAAGAGUCUUGUGGAAUUGCCUUAAAGGCUACCUGUUUUGGCUUAAGCUUUAGUGGACUGCAGCCUGUUUUAUCAGAUGCAGCCCACUCUAUCCUCCACAAUGUCCAAAGGAAGAAUGCUGAACACACACACACACAGUAAUUUGCAAGGCUGGUGGGUGAGCUUUGCAGAGGAAUCUGCCUGGCUUCUCCUUCUAGGAUCCAGGACACAGUACUGGCCAGGAUGGCUCGCCCCCAAAAGUCUGCUCCAGCCAGGCUCUUGAUCUAAGGGGGUGGGACUUCUGCAAUGAUCCUCAGUCUCCCUCCUGCUUUUGAAGGAAGAAAAGGCUUUUAUUUUGCCUACAGAACUCACACUUUGGAACUCCCUGCCUAUCACAAUCAGGCAGGUGUCUUCAAUGACUCUUUUGGGCACCUGCUAAAAUAUUUUUGUUUAGGCAAAUCUACCCAGGCAUGCAGAAUGUUGUAAUGUGCUUUAAUCUUGUGUUUUGUUUUGUUUUUGUUUUUAGUUUAUCGUUUAUUUUAAUUAUUUUUGAAUAAUAUGGAUAGUAAUUUUAACUGCUUUUUUUUUUUUUACUGAUAAUUUUAUUGUUUUAUCCUUUUUGUAAACCGCUUUGAAAUUUUAUUGCUAUCACGCGAAUAUAUGUUGCCAACCCACCACCUUAUUUUCUCACGUAAAUCAAUAGGCAAAUCUUAGGGAAACGUGUCCGGAAUCCUUUGAAGAAUCCACCCGGUACGCCUGCUUGGUGUCCUUACGCGACGGGGCGGACGAGAACCAGUAGGCGGCGCUGAGGAGGAGGAAAGGCUUGUGUCUGCGUCGGCGAGCGGGCCGUCUAAAAAGCGGGAGCCGCAAGCAGCCCUCCUUAUCCCGGCUGCUUUCCCUCGACGGCUCUCUUGGCGCAGUCAGGCCGAGAGGGAGGAAGCGAGCGGCGGCACCGGGGCGAGGACCGUCGAGGGUCGCUGCCUCGCCGUGCGCUCCCCAGUCCUUUCCUCCUUCCGUGCUCCCAGGGGGCGGCUCCCUCCGGCCGGCCUCCUUAAGCACCCGCCCCACCGCGGCCGUCGAACUAGCGAGCCAGCCAGGCGGCGCUGCUCUUUUGCUCCAGGUGACCGUCCUGCUCGCGGCGCAUGGACUUCGACGGGCAGCUGCUGCGGCAGGUGGGCGGCUUCGGGCGGCGCGCCCGGCUCCUGGCUGCCGCCUCGUGGCUGCCCAACGUGCCGCUGGCGCUCGGCCUGGCCGCGGGGCUCCUGCUGGCCGCCACCCCGCAGCACCGCUGCCGCCCGGACCCGGCGCUGCUGCCGCCCGAGCUGCGCAACGCCAGCGGGCCCGAGCUGCUCAACGCCUCCACCCCGCCCGGCAGCCACUGCCUGCUCUACCGCUACCCGCCGCCCGGGGGCGGCCUCGAGCCCAACGGGACCGGCCCUUGCACCCGCGGCUGGGAGUACGUCCUGCCUGAGGCCGGCCUCCUCUCCACCGUCGUGACGCAGGUCCGUGGGUCAGAAGGGUGCCUCUGAGGAUGUGCAGAGUGGCCCUGGGAAGGGGACGGAAGAGGGAGACCCAGGUCCACCUGCCCAAAUGACGCCGUGGGUUCUGACCUAGGCAAAACCUCUCGCUGUUGCACAUUUUGUAAAGAGAGGGGAGGGGCUUGGCCUGGGCCUCCAGAUUAAAGUAGGCCUCAAAUUUAGGGUUAAUUUUAAUUUUUAGGUUUUAAAUUGUUACUUUUUCUGCAUUUGAUUUUUUUUGCAGCUUGUUUUUAUGCGAGGGUGAGGGAGGCAUUUAAACAAAUAAGAGGUGCCAUUUGGUAAAAUCCACGAUUUUUUUUGAACAUGAACAUGAAAUUUAUUACGGUCAGAGACCAGCUUGAUGAUUUUUGUUGUUAACUGAUUUAGGUCAUUUUGCUUUUGUGCGCCAUUAUUUUUAAAUUUUAUUAUGGCUGGGGGCCUCAAAAGCUGGAAGUGGCCCCUGGGCAUGUCUAUAUCUACGAGAAGGCCUAAAGGCAGGCAACACAACCAGCCUCCUGGUUCUGAAAAGUCUCCUCCCUUUUUCUUCUAGUGGGACUUGGUCUGUGCCAACCACUGGCAGGUGCCCCUGGAGCAAACCACCCACCUCCUGGGGUGGUUGAUUGGUUACAUGGCUUUUGGAUCGGCCUGUGACAGGUAAAAUAUUUCCCCAUCACAACGCUGCUUUGCCAUCCCUUGAGCUUGUAGCAAGCCUUGCCUGCAUGCUGUGAAUCCUCAGUGAGGACUGGAAGCUUGUUGCCAUGUUCUUAAUUAGCGUCCCAGCGAACCCAGUACAUCUUAGUGUACAGCUACUGUAUGGUGUUGUGGUUCUGCAGUCUUGUUGAACCAGGAUGUUCUUAUCCCCAAGGGAAGCGAAUGUAAUGCUUAGUGGUAGAGCACUGGUUUUGCAUGGAGUAGAGCCCAGGUUCAGUUCCAGUUGUUUUUGUUUUAAUGAUAAAAUGGCAAGUGGCAGGGAAGAUCCUUCUCUUGCUGAGACCCUGGAGAGAGUCUUGUCACUCAGAGUCAAGAGAAACAAAACAGCUUGACUUGGUAUUGGAGCCAGUGUGGUGUAGUGGUUAGAGUCCAGUCCAGCAUGCAUCAUGUUCAGCAUCCUGUUUUCACUGUGGCCCCCCAGAUGCUUGUGAGAAACCCUUAAACAGGACUUCAGAACAAGAGCACUCUCCCCUCCUGCGAUUUCCAGCAACUGGCAUUGAGAAGCAUUAUUUCCUCCGGCCAUGGAGGCAGAGCACAGCCAUUGUGGCUAGUAGCCACUGGUAGCUUUAUUGCCCAUGGAUUUAUCCAGUCCUCUUUAAAAGCCAUUCAUAUUGGUGGCCCUCGCUGUGUCCUGUGGGAGUGAGUUCCACCGUUCCAUAACGUUUGCAAAGGACUUUUCAAAAGUCCAAGUUUAAAAAGCCAGACUCUCUUGCUUGUACACCCGUGGACUGGUAACUGAACUGGCCACUUCUGCCCAGGGGGCUGGGGUUUUUGAGCAGAGAUGCAGCCAGUGAGAGCUGUAGACUUCCUACUGGCGCAUCUGGCUGAGGGCAGGAUGCUGGACUAGAUGGGCCUUUGGCUCUCCUGUAGAAUCCCCCAAUUUUGCAUCCUUACUCACUGCCCUCCUUUGAUUCUCUAGGUUUGGCCGCCGGGCCACUUUCAUCUCCUCCUUGAUGCUGUCCAUCCCUCUGGGCAUUGCCGUGGCGCUGGCUGUGAAUUACGUUAUGCUUGUACUUACCCGGCUGCUCUUUGGGGCACUGCUGGCUGGCACCUUCCUCUCCCUCUAUGUUGCAAGUGAGUGGCCCUCUCUGCUACCCCACAUCCUUGUUAGGUCCUCCACAGUUGCCUCUGCUUUCGGAUAAUGGGUUGGGAACUCUGGAUCCUAGCCAAAGCAGACCCGUGUGUCUCCCAGGCUACCAGCAAACUCUGCCUGCCAUGUGCACCUCUCCUCUACAUUCUGCCCCCCGUCUCCAUUUCUUGUGUUUCUCACUGGCUUUUCCUCCCCAGGGCUGGAGUUGUGUGACCCUCCGCACCGCCUGGCAGUCACCAUGGGCGCUGGUUUCUUCUGGGUGGCUGGGGAGCUGCUCUUGCCAGGGCUGGCGGUGGCUUGCAAGGAGUGGCGGCUCCUCCAGGGGACAAUAGUGCUGGGACUCACUCUCCUGGCUGCCUGCUGGUGGUAAGUCUGCCUCUCAGCCCUGAAUACUAAGGGGGUGGGAAGCCUUACAAUGGAGACACAUGACUCCUUGAAAUGAGAGGCACAACAAGCAUUGCAGAUCUCAUGUCAAUGAGGAGAUCAGUGUGGUUCUCACGCUCCCACUGCACUUUGAGAAAACUCUUCUCAGGGUGGGAACUCCCUGUAAUUCUCCUGGUGCCUUAAAAUAUGGGAAGGGAACCUUUUUCAGCCCAAGGGCCACAUUAUCUUCUAGACAACCUUCUGAGGGCCGCAUUCCGUUAGGUAGAAGCAAAGGCAGGCAGAGCAACACACAUUUUGUCCAGUAGACCAGUUUUGGCACCGACAUCUCUCUCUUUCCUCCAUCCAGGGAAUCAAGAGGCAUUAUCAGAGUUCAGGGGCGCAUUCCAGCCAGGCAAAAAACACUCAGGACCUGAAGUUGACCGAGUGAGGGGUGUGGCCUGGGGAGAGUUACGAGGGCCAAAUGGAGGGUCAUAUUCAGUCCCUGAGCCUGAGGUUCCCCAGCCCUCCUUUCUCAGAAUAAAUCAUCUACGCCUAUCUGACAAAAGUCCUGCAGCAUCCAAGAGUUGUGUUAAAGUUGCUCGAUCCCCUAACCUGGUGCCCUAAAAAGCUUUCAGCUGACGCUAUGCUGUGGCAUUGCACACGUGUGCAUUGUCAAAUAUUGCCCACUGAAUGUAGCCAAAACACAGUGGUACAGCACACCCAAGGUGGGAAAGGAAUGGGGGUGGCUCUACCCUUGCCCGAUGGUGACGGGGUCAGAGGGCAGCGAUUAUCCUGUGGCUGCCUGCUGCCGCACAUGCAUCCCCACUCCUGCUCUGUACACGCUGCCUCCUUUGCACGAUUUCCUUGCAACCCUUCCAGGCAGGAGAAGGUGGUGCUGCGAGCCACUCUGAAGCCUCAGCCCACUUGGCACUUCCUCAGCCUUGCAGAGGUCACUGCCUGAGUGUGUUUGGUGCUGAGCAAACCCUCUUCACUAGAGCACCCCCUUGGCAGAGCCCUUCAGUUCAAGGGCUGAAGGAACACACUUGAUCCAGCUGCAACUUGGAGCAGCUUCCUUUAGGCUUGAGCAAUGUGGGGUGUGUACUGCAGAGGAAGGAGUGGAUGUUUAAACAUUGCAGGGAAAGGGAGAGUCAUGCUGGGACACUUAGGCAUCCAUACAAGAAAGUACUAGAAAGCACUCUUUCCCUUCUUUCUCUCUGCAUAGCACAAAGGCAGUGUCCCGAGUUUGAAACCAGGAGAGGGUACGGGCCGCUCCAGACAAAGGUGGUAUUGUGGGUGUCUUCCGCAACAUGUUUUUGACAUAAUAGUAGUGCAUCAGUGGCAGGUUUGUUCUACUUAAUUUUGCUCUGCCAUCCUGCCCCAAUGCUGCCACAUUAUUGCUCUCCAGAGAAGCUAUAGCACAGCAAAAGCAGGACAAAAAAUAAACCAGAAUGCUUGCGGUAUAAGACAUUCCAGGGCUAUGCACUGCUUGGAAAUGAAGCAGUGUGACUGUUCCAAAACACCUUCAGGCACAAACAGUAUUGAGUGUGGGAUCUGGUGUGAUGGUCCUGUUAGCAUGAUGAGCACAAAUCCUCAUGAACACCCAAUAAAAUGGAUGUCCAGAAGGGGGGACCCCAAGUUGCUGUUAUGUAAUACAAAUGACCCCCCACCCUUUCCUCUCUCUCCUCCUUCUGGAUUUUAAAACACUUUCUGGUUGGCGGGCAGAGGCCAUUAGUAUGGCUCACUGACCUAGCAGCAAAAGGCUGCACAGUUCGGAUGUUUCUCGCUACUUGAGAUGCGGCAAGUUGACUGUUCUUCUGAAAAGCCCCCGUCUUACCACACAAGCCGCACUUCCUUAAACACCACCUAAGGAGAGUUUUCAGUGUCAUAUGCACUCAAGGCUCCCUGCCCCCAUAGUUCUUCUGAACUGGUUCAUGCUUGGGAACAUAACAACCAUCAGCUUUACCCCCCACACCAAAAUUAUUAUUAUUAUUAUUAUUUAAUAAUUAUUAAUAAAUAAUAAUAAUAAUACAUGUUUUAGAUUUUUAAUAAACUUUUGGUUGUAUUCUCCCUCCCUCUUCUCCCCUGAAAGUUUUGCCUUGUUCAUUUUUGCACAGUGUGGUUGUGGUUACUCCUGUUUGUGCAGGCUGUAGCCAAGAGGCUGGGUUUCCCAAGAAUAUCCAGCAAGCUUUGGGUAGUUGCUCUCCAUGUGGGGAUACACUGUCCAGAAUGAAGGAGCAGCUACGCUCCAGCUUUGCCUGCCAGGAUUCCACCAGUCAUGCCAGCGGUGCUUGUUCUUCUUUUUUGGGAGCAGGUGUCCUGCCCUCUCCCCUGAGUCGGGCCGCUGGCUCUUGGCCACUCAGCAGCUUGAGGAAGGCAAGCAGGUUCUGCGGGAUUUAGCCGAGGGCAAUGGAAUCCGCCUGGAGGAUGACUCCUACACUUGGGAGCACCUGUUUGCAGGUGAGGUCUGAAGGGCUAGGCUUGACCCUCACUCUAAGCCUUGCUGCUUUGUCAGUUUCUGGCUUGGAGCAAUGGGAUGCUGGGUUGGUGGGAGGUCAGGUUGGUGGGGCUGGUGAAUAUCUGCCCUGCCAGGUUACUUUGGGUGUAAGGUACGCCAUCCCCAUGCAAUUGGAGGCUGGAAAAAGCACCAAUUGCCUUUUCAGGAUCAAUGCCUCUUGACCCACUGUGAGAAGCAGGUGUGCAAGCCGCAACAUGGGUGGAUGUGUUUCUCUGAUGUGGGUGGAGUUUUUUGGUCCCCUAGAGUAGGGGAUGGGGAGCCUGUCACCUUCCAGUUGAAGAUAGACUUCUAUCCCCCAUGAGUGUUAGUCAUACUGGAUGGGGCUGAUUGGAGUCCAACACUGCCUAGAGCACAGCUAGAGAAACUUUUCCCCUACCUCAUCAAGCAGGCCAGAUCUCUGCAACUGCCCUCUCAGGCCAAAUUUGACAGGAAGCAGGGCUGUCUAUCAGUUACCUGACAUCACAGUGGCUUCUCUUUGAAGGUGUACUCUCAGCACCCCUUCCAAGGGGCUUGCUCCAGGGGCAGGCAGCACUUUCCACUGAAGCCACUGUGAAAACUUGAGAGUCUCUUUCUUUCCCAUUUUAGCAGCAGUUUCAGCGCAAGCUUUCUCCUGCUGAGGAACAAGGUGCACUGAUGGGUAGUGGGAACCCACCUUCCUCUGGCAGAGGAACAAUCAGGAGCUCCUGUUAAGCUCCCAUUUGUUCCUUGGAAGUUGCAUAUGUGGUGUCAUACAAUGUCAGUUGUGGGGCAAGUAGGUAAACAGGAACAGCCUCCUGGGCCACAUUUGGCACAUGGGCCACAGGUUCCCCAUCUCUGCCCAAGAGGAUAAGCAUUACUUGUGAAUAACUCAGGUCAGAUAGCAAAGAGGAUCCACGCAUAUGUCUGUGAAAUGAUGGAAGAGGACCUUUUUGGCUUUGGCACACCCAAGGAUUCUUGGCUGCCCUUUAGGCACCUGCCACUGACCUUGAAAAUGCAAAUAAAUCUCAAGACUUCUUAAUUCUUACUUCUGCCAUUUUUAUUUGCUGUUUGGUCUGUGGUUUUUCCCUCAUUGUUGAGAGAUUAUUUCAUUGUGUUAACUUUUUGCUGUUAGUUGCCCGGAGAAUAUAAUUGAAUGCCAGCAUGUACAUUCUUCAUGUCAAUUAAUUUUAAAAAAUAUAUGCUGCGGGUUUCCUGGAUUAGUGGUGCUGGUUGUCUCACAAUAUGUUUUUAAUUCCAUCUCCAGAGCUGGACAACCUGUCUGGAGGAGCCUCUCUGCCACAGUACCACAGCAUCUGCAAGAUCUUCCGCACCCGGGUCAUUUGGAAGAACAGCCUUAUCCUGGGUUUCACUGCGUAAGAGCCUGAUGUGUUGUGGGUUCUCUGCGAACUGGUUGUGGGAGCUGGGAGCUGUGCUGGGAAGUGUUGACAGCCACUCUGAAGUUGCUGUGGUGGUGAAAUCUCCCAGCAGUGACAAUUAGUUGUAAUGUCUUCCUGGAACCUCCACGUCCAGAGGCAGCCUACCUUUGCAUACUGUAGCAAUUGCUAGUGAGCAACAGUGGGAAGAGGGCUGCUGCCUCCCCCCCCCCUUGCGGCUUCCCAGGGGCAUCCAGUUGGUCUCUUCACAGACUUAUACAUUGAUCCUCUUUGCUAUCUGUCCUGAGUUACUCACAAGUAAUGCUUCUCUUGGGCAGGGAUGGGGAACUUCUGGCCCAUGUGCCACCCUCUUUAUUUGGCCCACGGGACCCAUAUCCCUGCUCAUACUGUCAAACUCUAACCCCUGGUCCAUCCUCCUAGAGUUACUGCAGAGCAUUUUAUCAUCUCUCUGCCCCCGCCUCCUGUCUCCCCUACCGUCCAGGUUCAUUGGGAGUGGGAUCCGCCACAGCUUCACCCGCAACCUGACCUCUUACGCACCAGGCUUCUACUUCCCCUACUUCCUGCUGGUGGCGAGUGAGGCGGUUGCGCUCCUCUUCCUGUGCCUGACCGUGGACCACUUUGGACGCCGCGCUGCCCUCCUGCUCAGCACCAUCUUGACGGGCGUUUCUUCGCUGCUGCUACUGGCCUUGACUCAGUGUAAGCAGACAGUGAUAUGGGGGGGGUGUACCACAAGUUCCCAGAAGAGACCCCCACCCCUCCCAGGCUCUCUUCUCCUGGCUGGCUUUAGCAGCCACGAGCUAUCCUCAUUCUGUGCACAUGCACUUGCGUGAGUUACCUGCUAAGGCAGGGGUUGGGAGCCUUGGGCCUGGAGCUGUGUCCCUCCAAGCCUGUGUACCUGGCCCUGUUGUGACCCCUCCCCGCUCCCCAGUGUGCUUGCUUGGCUGGAACAGUUCCUUGACCUCUGACAUGGCCUCUUGCUUGCCUGGUUGGAGGACAGAGAGGGGUGUGGCAAGUGUGUGGGGAAGUCAGCCUACUGCACCAAAGGGGGAAAUGUGCAUGUGUCACUCCACCUACUCUGGCCCACCCAGCACUGGCAUGUGGCCCCUGGAAAGCAGCCCAGAAGGGAUUGUGGUUUUGGACUGCCAUGGGUUCCUCUCCUGUGCUAAGGUUUGCUCUAGGAAGGCCUCUCUGGGCCAUCCACUUUGGUUAGCAGCUGGGCAGACCUCCUGCUUAGCCUGCCUGCCUCUCUAUUCUUCCUCCCUUAGACCUGAUGUCCUGGCUCAUUGUGCUGCUCUCUGUCCUGGGGAUCCUCACGUCACAAGCUGUUUCCGCCCUCAGCGUCCUGUUUGCUGGCGAGGUGCUUCCCACCGUGGUCAGGUGAGGCGUCUCUCCUCUCCCUGCAUGUGCUGUGCAGGCACACGAGGCCUAGACUGUAUACUGUAAGCCGCCCUGUGUUCCACUGAUGAAGGGCGGUAUAGAAAUGUAAUUAUAAUGAUGAGGAUGAUAAUAGACUGGCAGCCCAGAACCCAGAGUGGGAGGGUGACUGCUGCAUUAUCUCGGCUGGGGGUUGGGAUGGGAGGAACAGGAGAGGCCCAAUUUGUGCAGGUCUACCCAAGGUCCUACCCAAGUGACCAGUCCUGUGAACAUUUAAAUCCCUGGUUUCCACUGAGGAAGAAGUAGGUCUGUGGUAGAGCAUCUGCUUUGCAUGCAGGAGGUCAUAUACAGGACUCUGUCUUCUAUUGAGUCCGACCAUUAGUCCACCUGGCUUAGCAUUGUUUCAAGGGGCUUGUACCCCUGCUUGCUUUGCUUGCCAACCAUGCAAAUCCUCCCAACAGGAGCAGUGUGAUGACAACAUUACAUUUUUAUGUAUAUAGGAAGAUAUACUGGCAGCGGUAGCUCUCUAAUUAAGAUGUCAUUGGGGUGGAAUGUGGGAACUUCUGGAUGCAAAGCAGCUGCUCUCUAGCACUGGGUGGGCCCCCUCCUGAAGCUCCAGUCAUAUUCUCUGAUACUGGGUUGCAGGCCUGGUAAAAGCCUUCCUGGGCAUGAGGUCAGCCCCGGGAAGAGGCUGCCAGCCAGAGUUUGACACUGAUCUGACCUGGCCAAAGGCAGCUCCUUUGUGUGUUUCUCACAGAGCCGCACUAGCCAUUAAAAGGAGGAGUGGGCAUCUGUUUUGUAACACAAAAAAAUCCUUAGUAGAAACUACAUUUUUUUUUAAAAAAGGGGGAGUGGGCUUGGGGGAGGGAGGAAGACCUUGGACGUGGCCCACAGGGUUAAUCUGGUGGGGAGCCCCACUCUAUUCUUAGCUGCUGAGCUUGUGCCUCAUGUAGCCAGGCGGGACUUCCUCUCUUCUACCCCCACACCCUGCCCAGCACUUCUUGUUCCCGACACUGCUGCCCUUUUCUCUUCUGCAGGGGUGCUGGGCUGGGCCUCAUCCUGGCCGCUGGCUUGGUGGGCCAGGCCACCACUCCACUCAUGGAGAUCCACAACAGCCAUGGCUUCUUCCUCCACCAUGUGAUCUUCGCCUCCUUCGCCAUCCUGUCAGUGCUUAGCAUCAUGCUGCUCCCGGAGAGCACCAGCAGGCCCCUGCCGGACUCUCUGCGGGACGGGGAGAGUCAGCACCGGCCCCCGCUCUUCCGCUCCAGUCAGCGCCAGCGCCACAAGGACCACCUGCCGCUGCUCUCCACCUGCUCCACAGCUGGCCCCUACGACCCCGACAGCUACGCCCGCCUCGUCUCAGCCACCAAGAAGAUGCUGGGCUCCCACCGUGGAGCCAGCUCUGGGCAAACAAGACCGCUGCUCCCGGCACGCUCCCGGCACAACAGCACUCUGGAAGGGAUGUAGAGGCCUGCUGGCCACUGGACUACAUGCCUUGGGGCAGUGAGGAGGGUGUUUAAGUCCCCCCCCCCCCCGGGUUGAAGGACUGCACCAUGUUCCUAAAAACAGGAGUGAGGCUGUGAGCACAGAGGGCGGCUGGCCGUCACACAGGAUCAUCUGCCUCUUGCCCCCCAGACGUUUGGGGCUACUAUGGCUGAUGGGAGUUGUAGUCCAAAACACCUGGAGGGCGCCAACACCUGCUUUUUGGACUCACCUCUCUCCGUCUCACAGGGAAAGAGCCACUGCAGCCCUACCCUUGGUGCCUUAUAGGCUCUGGUGCCCCCAAGCAGUUCUAAUAAAAAACUGUGUGACACCUUUGUAGCUCCAUCUUCAACUGCUUUAUUUCCAGCUGCCCUCCCUUGCUCCCCAGCCCCCUGGAUCUCUCUCUCUCUUAAGCGGUGCAGCUGGGGCCUAGCAAAGUAUCUUGAGUCUUCUGCCUUAGCCUGCUCAGGAAGGGGGGGGUCCAGAGCCCCCAUCUAGCCCAGUGGAGGUCCCUUCAUGUGGGGGGCUCCUCCUCCCUACCCAAUUUUCUUAAGCUAGGUUGUCAUCAUCUGGCUCCACCCACUUGCCUGCUGGGUGCUCAGAGCCUUGGGUGAGAAUGGCCAGUGGGCCUAUAGCAAAGGGCCCUCAUCCCUAUCUAUGCCUGGGACUCUGGGACUGGCAUUGCCUUCCCUCCCUGC